CCUUGCCUACGUCACCACGCAAAGGGAUGGUGCACUUCCUGCUUAUGGCUUGAGGUGGGUUGUUCAGAUGAUUUAUGCUCAUCGUUAAAGGAAUGCUUUUCUCACCUUCGAGACGACACUGGACAAGUGCUAUUCGUGUGGUGAUCACUUUGUUUGGACUCCCGUUGACUGCCUCCACCCCUGGAGCAAGACCUGCGGUUCUUUGCUCAUCCCAUCAUCUUAACAGAACCAGUAAACAUAUCACACCUAUUUGUGGGGACUAUUACACCAGCAGUAUCGGUACCAUGUCCUCCCCAGCAGAUGCUCAUGUAAAAUCCAGAUGUCCACAGUAUCCAGGGUCCACCAUCAAGCGCUUCACUGUACCUGACGACAAGGUGGACUGGAAUCAGCAAUGGCUCCAGUAUAGCCCAGUCAACUACACUGCUCCAGCUGUUUUAAAUAAGCCAAUCUGGGCUGAUCCAGAUAUUGGUUCCUUCUCUCCAAAGUUCAAUGCUGUUGACGGUCCUGUGGACAGGUCGAGCUUUGAGGGACAAUACAAAGUGGAAAAUGGGAAGCCAUUAAACCCUCGUGGACGGACUGGUUUGACUGGACGAGGAUUGCUUGGACGAUGGGGACCCAAUCAUGCUGCCGACCCUAUAGUAACAAGAUGGAAGGUAGAUGCCAGCGGAGCAAAGAUUCAUCACUCGGCCUCCGAAAAGCCCAUCCUGCAGUUUGUGUCCAUCAAGAGGAGAGACUGUGGGGAGUGGGCCAUUCCAGGGGGGAUGGUGGAUCCAGGGGAACAGGUUUCCCUCACGUUGCAGCGGGAGUUCUCCGAGGAAGCCCUUAACUCGCUUUCGUUAAAGCAGUCAGAGAAGGAAGACAUCCACAAACGCAUCCAAAAAUUCUUCGGGUCUGCAGGGUUUCAGGUUUACGAAGGAUAUGUUGACGAUCCAAGAAACACCGACAACGCCUGGAUGGAGACGGUCGCCGUCAACUUUCACGAUGAAGCGGGCGACAGUGUGAGCGAGCUGCCUCUGCAGGCCGGCGAUGACGCAGGACAUGUCCAGUGGGUGGACGUGGACUCGUCCUUCAGCCUCUAUGCGAGCCACUGCCACUUCUUGGAGCUGGUUGCCAGAGAGCGGAAGGCCCACUGGUAAUCAGGAGACAAAAGGCUGCUCUGACGUUACGACGAGGCAAAGCAGAGCCUGAAGAGCUUUCAUCCAUUCAGCACGCGUGACCCCUCAUGGGAGUGUUCCCCUGUUAUUUAUUAAUGAUAUUCUGACCUAAUUUAGGAAAACAUAAAGUGAAUUUAACCAGUUAGCAUGAUCCAGCAAACAAACAAAUAAAAGAAAAAAGAAGUAAUUUAACUUUAGCAUAAGUAAAAUCUAUAAAUAUUAUGUACAUCUAUAAUAAAGCUAUGGUCAGAGAA